GAAGUUGUGAACUGAAAUGGGAUAAACAUUGCCUCGGUGCCUGGUACUCGCUCUAGGGAGAGGGUCCCCAGCGUCUUCGAGGGACUGCGGUUUACCUUCCCAAUAAAGUGAUGCCCUCUUGUCUGGGCGCCCUCACACCUGUCGCAGCUCUCUUGGGGAAGACUUCCUUAGCUACGUGUUUUGCUCAAGAGACAUUUGGGAAACAGUACAAGCAGACUAUAGGACUGGAUUUCUUUUUGAGAAGGAUUACCUUACCAGGAAAUUUGAAUGUUACUCUUCAAGUUUGGGAUAUAGGAGGGCAGACAAUAGGUGGCAAGAUGUUGGAUAAAUACAUCUAUGGAGCACAGGGAAUCCUGUUGGUAUAUGAUAUUACAAACUACCAAAGCUUUGAGAAUUUGGAAGAUUGGUAUUCUGUGGUGAAGACAGUAAGCGAAGAGUCAGAAACUCAGCCCCUGGUUGCUUUAGUAGGCAAUAAAAUUGACUUGGAGCAUAUGCGAACAGUAAAACCUGAUAAACACUUACGAUUUUGCCAGGAAAAUGGUUUUAGUAGCCACUUUGUUUCAGCCAAGACGGGAGACUCUGUCUUCCUGUGUUUUCAGAAAGUUGCGGCAGAAAUCCUGGGAAUCAAGUUAAACAAAGCAGAAAUAGAACAGUCACAGAGAGUGGUGAAGGCAGAUAUUGUAAACUACAACCAGGAGCCCAUGUCAAGAACUGUUAAUCCACCUCGGAGCUCCAUGUGUGCAGUUCAGUGAGCACACACUGUAUUGAUAGUUCUGGCUGCUCUUCCCUGGAUUGGGCCCAAGCUGCCUAGGAACAUGUUUUAUCAGUGACUGUCUCUGUAGUCAGCUCACACUUCCUCCUGCUCUGCUCCUUCAUCCCUUAGUCGCCUCAGAGUAUCGGGCAGCUCCCUGGACAGGAAGGAAUUCAGAUUUGGAACCACAUGUUUUGAAAUCUGAAUGGAAAGUCCAUUCUCUGGAUUGAGACUGCCUCCUCGCUCCAGAAGAACCAUGUUGCUUCUUUAUCUCUUCUUUUUUCCCAGAUUUAAAAAAUUUAAACAGAUAUGAAGAUGCUCCACGCUUUGAUCAUCAUUUUCUAUUUGAACUUGUAUAUGUGAACGUGUACUUGAGAGCACUGAUGGUGGAAGUUAUCAAGAAGGUGUUCCUUUGCUGGCUAUUAAGAGUAAACUAUACAAAGCUGCAUCUGAUUGAAAGUGCUUCAAAUGAGGCUGCAAUAGAAAUAUUUUUUCAUUUUUAAAAGGAGCCUAAUGUGUUUAUAUUGUAGUUUAUAACUCACAAGUACUGAGUAUUUGAUAUUGUAUUUUUAUUACUGUAUCAUGGUCAUUGCAUAUUUUAUCAUAUUUGGCUUAGAUGGCUUUAUGAAUUUUGAUAAAUGGUUCAGCUGAUCCUCCACAUGGAAUUUCUCCUACAGGCUGUAUGAGAGUGCUUCCAGAUGAGUCAUGAUAUCCUUGGAUCAUUGUGGAUCGAUCACACUGUACCUGAUGUUCUGAUGUUUUUCUCACAUAAAUAAAUUUAUUUAAAUUA